ACAGGCAGGUGAUGGCAAGCAACAGCGCUGCCCUGAGGGGAAAAGUGGUGCUAGAUUUGGGCUGUGGAACCGGCAUCAUCAGCCUCUUCUGUGCCAGAUUAGCAGAACCUGCAGCGAUCCAAACAAACUGCCAAUCACAUGGAAAAUCAAUCCAGUUCCGUGUGGCAUCAGUGUGAUAUCCAGUAGCAACACAAUUCUCUCCUCUAUUACCGUUGGGUUCACCACGAUUCCAGAAGCUGCAGGAGAACCAGAGAAUACAGUUAGCUCCUCUUCGUCUGCAGUCCUCCCUGCUCUCUCUCCAUUUCUUCUUGUCAGUGGAGAUGUAGUAAAGACUGGACCUGAAUGCAAUCCAUCCUGACUGGCGGAUGUCUCUCUCUGGACAGGCAUUGAGUUUUUCAGCUGGAGACAAUGUGAUGGUGCAUGAAAAGACCAGUGAAGACUGGUGGUGGGCCGAGAGGAGCGAACAAUUCGGCUACGUUCCCUCCAGUUUCCUUUACAGAGUAGCUGAUGAUGUGGAGGAUGCCUGGCAGAAUGAUGAGUACUUCAGCAGCUACGGUACACUGAAACUUCAUCUGGAGAUGCUGUCUGACCGGCCACGCACUGAAACCUACAGGCAGGUGAUGGCAAGCAACAGCGCUGCCCUGAGGGGAAAAGUGGUGCUAGAUUUGGGCUGUGGCACUGGCAUCAUCAGCCUCUUCUGUGCCAGAUUAGCAGAACCUGCAGCGGUGUAUGCCGUGGAGGCGAGCGCAGUAGUCGAGCACACAGAUAAGCUGGUGAAAUUAAACGGCUGUGAGAAGGUGGUGACCGUGUUUCAGUCCAGAGCUGAAGAUCUGACUCUUCCAUCCAAGGUGGACGUCCUUGUCUCUGAGUGGAUGGGCAACUGUCUGCUGUUUGAGUUCAUGGUGGAGUCGGUGCUGCGUGUCCGUGACCGCUGGUUGAAGUGUGGGGGGAUGAUGUGGCCGUCCUCCGCCUCUCUGAGUCUGGUUCCCUGCCAGGCCCUCACCGACUACGGCCAGAAAAUGGAAUUUUGGGAAAAUCUGUAUGACCUGGACUUCAGCUGCCUGCAGCCUGUUGCACGGGAGGAGUUUUUCUCUAAACCGAAAUUCAGCCACCAGCUCGAACCUGACGACUGUCUCUCCACCCCAUGUGAAGUCAUCAGUCUAGAUAUGCACACAGUGCGGGUAUCAGAUCUGGAGAAGCUGAGAGGAGACUUCAGCUUCAGUGUAGAGAGAUCAGGAACACUGCAUGGUUUCACUGCUUGGUUCAGUACAUUCUUCAAUAGCUUAGAGGAGGGAGGAGCAACACUGGAGCUCAACACCGGACCCUACAGCGAGCCGACUCAUUGGAAACAGACUCUGUUUAUGCUGGAUGAACCAAUCGGAGUUGAGGAAGGAGACCGCGUGGACGGUGCCAUCAUCCUAAAGAGGAAUCCUAUUUGGAGACGGCACAUGUCAAUCAUCAUAGAGUGGAAACUAAAGAGGAGAAAUGAUACGUCGUUCUCAGAGGUGAAGUCGAAGCGUUUCCCCAUGUGGAGGUGACCUUCAUGUAAAACACUAAAACACAACUCGAGACUGCAUGGAUUCUUCAUGACGGUGAUCCAGAAGUACAAGAUUUUGGUUUACACAAAGUGCCAAACCAUGUUAACUCAUCACUGACACGUAGCUAACACUCACUGUCUCGCCUGUACAGCCUCAUAAAUCAGCCGAACUGAUACCGCACUACAUUGAUAAAGUGUGUAUAAAUCAUUUUCAUUUUAAUUACAGCUUACACUACAAUUACACUUACAUCUUAAACUAUUCCACCCCUGUCCAAAAGUUUUUUUUGUUUAUUUUCUUUUAAUUUUCCCCUGUCCCUCCCUAUUUAGUCAAAAGCUGAUUGUUAUUGCACUUGUAGCCCCUGCUACAUGAGCGACAUUUAUUCGAGGAGGGUUGCAGGGGUGCUCAGACCUUUGCUGACCGGCCGGCAGGCAACACCUACAGAGCCGUACAGCGCUCUGUAAUCCUUCACUGCUUAUGCUGGUGCAUUGCCCAGGCACUGCUGCCACAAGGUAAUUCCUAUUUAGUUUGUCUGUUGAGUGCUCGAUCAGGCUGGUGGCCCCCCUGAGGCUCACACACAGAUGUUUAUGGUUCCUAAAUUACCUAUAAAAGGCUUGAACACCUAGCUAACUCAUAGGGCCUCAACUUUUAAGGAAACGGGGAAUGUUGAACAGGAAAAUUGAACCCUCAAGCCGACCUUUUUCCACCAGACAUGACCAACUGUUUCUGUUGAGCGCCCAGCUAGGCCGAUAAGCAGCAGUUACUUUAGAUCAUAUUUCUUGUAUUGUUUUGGUUCUCAUGUCCAGAUUACAGAAAAGCCGGUAGUUUACAAGCAUCUAGGGCUGUGUCCUAAUCCUCAUUACCCACAUGGGCAGUCACUACACUUGUAUUUGUAUUACAUAUUUAAGAUAAGAUAAGAUAAGACUUUAUUGAUCCCGAAGGAAAUUGCAGAACUCAUAUUUAAAAUAUGUGUUAAAAAGCAGAAUAAUUAAAAUAAUAUAUUAAUAUUAAAAUUGCUUGACAAACUGACAUUACAACUGACAUUACAACUGUAUUUGUUUUGUAAGUGCAAAUCUGUAUGACUCUGUUAAAGCAAACAUUUACAUUUCAUUAAAUAACAUUUUA